UUCAUUUAUAUAAUUAAAUUAAAAAAAAUCUCAAGAUAAUAAGUGAUAGAGAAGAGUUGUUGGUGGUGGAUGACGGUGCACUCUUGUUCCUCUGAAAAUAACCGCUCCUUUCUUUUUUCGUCAACUUCUCGAUUCUCGAACCUUCCAUUCGGAUAAACUCGCCGCACGGAUUUCGGAGCUCCGAUCGUGGAAUCAGGAUUGACUCUUCGUUGUAGAUUCGAUUCCGUCGUGCACCGUCGUGGUUUUAACGGUGGCGUUUACGUUUAUUGGCGAUGGAGAAAAUGAACGGGACCGGAAACGGAGGGUUUAGCAGCACGGAGAUGGAAUACAUUAGACGACACCAUAAUCAAGAGCCAGGGGAGAAUCAGUGCGCGUCUGCACUUGUUAAGCAUAUCAGAGCUCCCGUUCCUCUUGUAUGGUCUUUGGUGAGAAGAUUUGAUCAACCUGAGAAAUAUAAACCAUUCGUGAGCAGGUGUGUGGUGAGGGGAAACCUUGAGAUUGGGAGUUUAAGAGAAGUUGAUGUUAAGUCAGGGCUUCCUGCUACAACUAGUACUGAAAGAUUGGAGGUUCUUGAUGAUAAUGAGCAUAUUCUUAGCAUCAGGAUUAUUGGUGGUGAUCAUAGGCUUAGGAACUACUCGUCUAUCAUGUCCCUCCACCCAGAAAUUAUUGAUGGAAGACCAGGAACCCUGGUAGUCGAAUCUUUUGUGGUAGAUGUGCCGGAGGGGAAUACCAAAGAUGAGACCUGCUACUUCAUUGAAGCCUUGAUUAAGUGCAACCUCAAAUCACUUUCAGAUGUCUCGGAAGGGCAUGCUGUGCAGGACCUCACUGAACCACUUGAUCGGAUGCAGGAGUUGUUGAUAAGUGGCUGAGAACUUGGCUGCCACGGAUGAAGUUUCGGGGGCUUCCCUAUCUUGGAGGCUUAGGAGACAGACUGGCAAGUGGAAAUGGGGCUUGUUUCAUAUGUUAUAGACUUGUAGAAUUGCUCAUUUGGUCUCUGCUUUGUUAAUGUCUGUUAUAUAUAUGCUGAUUUUUCUCUUUAGUAGUGUUAAAGAACAGAAUAUUUUAGACAGGUGUCUGAAUCCGGUGCAGUAAAAGUUGAAGAAGGACCGUGUGCUUCAGUGUGGUCUUCGUGUCAUGUUCUUUCUGUAUAUAGCUGCUGGUGAAAGUUGGUCUGUAGAAUUGUUUCAAUUAGUUGCCGUAAAAUUCUAUCAUUUAGCUGAGGGUACUUAUAUAAACAGAUCUCAGACUAUUUCUUUGUUUCA